CGCAGGCGUGCGAAAAAACUUUCACUUUUAAUUGUGAGUUGGACGGAUGGCAAAAUAUCAACCGAAAUAAUGAGGAAAUAUUAGAAAUAACGGAGAAGAGAACUUGUCAAGGUUUCACGAAAAAGCAAAUUUUGUGUACUUGAGAAAUUGGCAAGGCCGACACCAGAGCCUCACUGAAGGCAAGCGGAAAAGGCAGAUAAAAAGGAACGCGUUGACGCACCUGAGAUUUAGGACUUUGAUAACUGAUAAGACCCCACCGUGUAUAAACAUUACAUCAAAGGUACCCAGAUAAAUAUUUCAUUUAUCUAACAUGAUGUCAUUUAAACCAUUUUUUACCAAAGGCCAUGAGUGUUGGUAGAGAGGAUUAGGGAAGCGCGAGGAGAGUACUCCCGACAUUCAUCUAACGUGCAGCAGACGCUACACGGAGGUACAUGUACAUGUAAACCGUGAAAAUGGCUGUCAUUCGUUGGGGUCUGUUGGCGCUUUUACUACUUCAACAGCUGAGUGAAAUUCGUUCUCUCACAGGACAUGUCUGUACUCAUUGGAGAAGUACAUCGGUGAUGGUUUAUACAAAAGCAACCAAACAACAAACUCAACGAUAUACGACUGGUUGUGGGUUUUGGGGGUGGGGUACUUGCACUCGAUACAGAUAUACUAUAUCAUACUACAACAAGGCAGUGUACAAGUUACAAUACAACCUGGCACAAGCUUGUUGUCAGGGAUGGAAACAAACUGGAUCAACUUGUAACACUCCUUUCUGUAGUCGUGGGUGUGUCCAUGGCUCUUGUACCGCCCCCAAUCUGUGCACUUGUACACGAGGUUACAUCGGAACACGGUGUCAUGCCGAUAUCAACGAAUGCACGGGUUACCAUGGCUGUCAACACAACUGUGUGAACACUGCAGGAAGCUACAGGUGCACGUGUAGAACUGGAUAUGUGUUGUCUGGCACUAAAAACUGUAACGAUAUCAACGAAUGCACGGGUUCCCAUGGCUGUCAACACAACUGUGUGAACACUGCAGGAAGUUACAGGUGCACGUGUAGAACUGGAUAUGUAUUGUCUGGCACUAAAAACUGUAACGAUAUUGAUGAAUGUUCCACCAAUAAAGGUGGAUGCUCUCAGGUAUGUUCCAACAUCCGGGGAAGUUACCGCUGUAGUUGCAAUGUUGGCUAUGCCCUGCAGGCGGACAGACACUUGUGUAGAGAUAUCGACGAAUGUUCCACUGGCAAUGGCGGCUGUGCCCAUAACUGCACCAACACCGUAGGAAGUUUCUUUUGUACCUGUAGGACUGGAUUUGUACUGGACGGGAACGGUCUGACUUGUUCUGAGCACGACGAGUGUUUAACGUCCCAUCAUGGCUGCGAGCAGAAAUGUAACAAUCUUCUUGAGAGCUACUACUGUUCCUGCAACAAAGGCUACGUCCUUGCUGCUAACAAGAAACUCUGCAACGAUGUUGACGAAUGCAGUAAUGGGACUCAUGCUUGUGAACACAACUGUCACAAUACACGUGGCAGCUACACGUGUUUAUGUAGAAAUGGGUAUGAACUGGCCUACGAUGGACGUGGAUGUACAGAUGCUGACGAGUGUAGUAACGGAACUCAUGCCUGUGAACACAACUGUCACAAUACACGUGGUAGCUACACGUGUUCAUGUAGAAAUGGGUAUGAACUGGCGUCCGAUGGACGUGGAUGUACAGAUGUUGACGAGUGCAGUAAUGGAACUCAUGCCUGUGAUCACAACUGUCACAAUACACGUGGUAGCUACACAUGCUCAUGUAGAAAUGGGUAUGAACUAGCGUCCGAUGGACGUGGGUGUAUAGAUGUUGACGAGUGCAGUAACAGGACUCACGCCUGUGAUCAUAACUGUCACAAUACACAUGGUAGCUACAUGUGUUCAUGUAGAAAUGGGUAUGAACUGGCCUCCGAUGGACGUGAAUGUACAGAUGCUGACGAGUGUAGUAACGGAACUCAUGUCUGUGAACACAACUGUCACAAUACACGUGGUAGCUACACGUGUUCAUGUAGAAAUGGGUAUGAACUGGCCUCCGAUGGUCAUGGGUGUACAGGGCAACGCAUGGAGACGGCCAAGGAAACAGCGUCAGAAGAACAGAGUACAGGAGCUCCAUUAGGUCUUAUCAUCGGCGUGAUAUUCGCCGUCAUUGUGGCCGUCGUCCUCAUCGCCAUCUCGGUCUUCUUUGUAUGUCGACACAAGAGGAACAUCGUCAGAAGACCAAGGACAGAAUGCUACUCGGCACCAACUGCUACCCAGUCGCAGGAUUACAACAAUGUGACCUAUGAAAACACGGAAUUCCUGUUAGCAUCAAAACACAGGACGGGGAAGAAUCGUGAUGGGAGGCAACAUACGGGGCCUUGGACAGUGCAAACCGAUACUACAAAUGCCUCGAACCCAGACAAGCCCUAUGAAGGCAUUCUGGUAAAGGAUGGCGAGGAGCAGAGUGCGUACACGAAGUUAAGCUUUAGAGGAGAGGUGCCGGCACCUAUCGGUGAAUAUCAAACUUUGUCAGCCUACCAACGCAGAGCCCAGCAAAACGACUACGAAUAUUCGGCUUAGAAGUGGUGGUGAGGUCACGUUGGGUCAGUAGAAAAAAGCAACACAGGAGAUUUGGGACCUAAUUUUUAUUUUCCUGACCGUAUAAUCUGACAAACUAGAUCGCUAUUGAUCAGUCUCUCUCUCUCUCUCUCUCUCUCUCUCUCUCACACACACUGUUUGCGUAUGGAAGGUAUUAUAUUUUGCAUCGUCUUACAUGUACAAAUGAUGCACAUAUAUGUAUGCUCAAUGAGGAAAUCGUGUUUAAGUUGCUUGCUUUCCGUAAAAUAAUGUUUAAAACAAAAUAACAUUGCCCAAUUUCAGCUUUACAUUCUUUAAGGGAAGCUUUUAAUAGUUUUUAUCUUAUGAAAAUAAAUGUUUACUUAUA